AUGCCUGCUGCCUGUGAUUCAGUGCUUGAAGAUAUUGAAGAUAUUGUGUCAGCAGAAGAUUUGAAACCACAUGAUCGGCAAUUUAUAAGAAAGAACGUUUUUCCAAAAGUGCGAAAACGCAUUUCACAAAAAAAUCAGACAGAUGAUGAUCCCCCAAGUGACAGCAUUAUUCCUGGUGCUCAGAAAAUCUGGAUUCGUACAUGGGGAUGUUCUCAUAAUAAUUCAGAUGGCGAAUAUAUGGCUGGGCAGCUGGCUGCAUAUGGAUACAAAAUUACAGAUCUCUUUAAUGUCUUGAAUAGACUUGAUAUAAUGUACCUUCAGCAAGUUGUAGACCAUGCCAAACUGGAGGAGGUGGCUGAUAGGCUGGAAACCAGUGCUGUGGUUCAGAGGGACCUUAAAAGACUAGAAAAAGUGCUAGCAGAAACA